CUUUAGAAGUUUCAGUCAUUUCUAAAAAUGAUGAAUUUCUCUCAGCAUAUGCUGCUUCCCGGGCCUGGUGAUCCAUACUCUCAAAACUACAGCAAGCAUCACGAUGAUCGAUCCAACUACUUUGAACACAUUGGACAGGGGUUUGGACAUGUAGAUCGCCACUACAACCCAAGUGAUACGCUGGCUCAUAUCAAUCCUGUGGCAUUGGCUUCGACAAACACGGAAGCAUUUUCACCCCAGUUUGACCCCUACUCCCAUCAUCACGGAUACACAGCACAUUCAUUUUAUCGCCAUCAUUCAUACCACAAUGAUCAGCAAUCUAUUGGUUCUUUUCACAGUCCACAACCGGAGUAUGCCACCUUUGGAUCGCAACCAUCGAGUCUAACACAACCACCAGAUGAAUACGGAAUUUCUCCACAUAAUCAUUCAAUAGGGUCCAGGACAUCCUCUCCGCCGUCAAUGAUCGAAAGCUCUCACAGUAAAGGUUCGGGGACUCAGCAUGCUGCUAUUGAGUUAUCACCGCAACAUUCUCGAAUAAUAAGUAGCAGUUCUUGCAGCGAUAUGCCACACGGCCGUCAGCCUAAUAUGGAAUCUACUUUGCAUACUCGCCACAACAGUGUUCUGUACGAUGAUGAGACCGAGAUGAGCAACAUUGUUAAAGAAUCAAACUAUUCUAUAGAAAACAAUCACGUGGUAGAUAGGCUUCAUCGCAUUGAGGGUAAACCAAAUGUUAGUUCCAACGGAAGAGAGUCUUAUACUGAAGGAACAGGAAGACGAAUGAGAGAAUUUUCGCCUUGUUUGAGUCCAGAGGAAACACGUGGUUCCGUUUCCAAAAGGUCCCAAUCGAAUGAUACGUCUGGACACGAUAAAGCAACGAACGAAAACAGAAAUACAAAAACUGAUUCCAAGUCCGAAGUUGAUUGUGCUUCGGUGAAUGGAACUCAAGUCAGCAUAGCAAAACAACAGAGUCCCUCUUCUAAAUCUCGCAUAAGCGAUCAUGGCAACAUUACUAUGCCGAUAACAAAAUCAGAAUCAAAGAUUGGAGAAAAGGGUCGUCAUCAGAAACCACCGUAUAGUUACGUCGCGCUGAUAGCAAUGUCCAUCAGAGAUUCGAAAGAGAAAAAGCUAACGCUAUCUGGAAUAUAUCAAUAUAUCAUUGAAAAAUUUCCAUUCUAUGAAAAAAACCGAAAAGGUUGGCAAAAUAGCAUUCGCCACAAUUUGAGUCUAAACGAGUGUUUUAUCAAAGUACCGAGAGAAGGAGGUGGGGAGAGAAAGGGAAACUACUGGACUCUAGAUCCAAGUUGCGAGGACAUGUUUGAAAAUGGAAAUUAUCGCCGACGGAGGCGCAUGAAGCGACCCUACCGACCUACUGCUGCAAAUUCUUUACUGGACCCAACUCGAACAACGAUGCUUAGUAUUAUGGAAGGCGGGUACGGGCCAUAUUCAGCAUUGGGUUCACCUAAGUAUAUUGCUAAUUUGCCAGGAUUUAAUACUUCGUAUGGAUGGAAUAUGGCAGCGGCUGGUAGCCCGAGCACGGGGACUUCUUUAUCGGGAUAUAACGACUGUAAGGGAUCAAUGAUAAAUGAUGCAAGAACAAUGAAUUAUCAUCAUUCACACCACCACCAUGGGGUAUCUGGUUCGGCAACGCCGAGUAGAUACUAUGGCUCUCAUGGUGUAAUGCCGGGGUACACGUCACCGCUAGCGGUCAGCCACGCGCAGACGGGCAACUCGCACCACGCUAUGCCGAUGGCACACAGACAAUGUGGUGCUUUUGGAUUCCAAUACCCGUCUCGAAUGGGGAGUGACAAUAGCGGGUUCGGUCAAUGUGCCAGCGCAAACACACCGGUUGGAUUUGGUGCUGCGUCUGGUCCUUAUUCCGAAUAUCAUUGGAGAGCAGGCGAAAAAUUAUGAAGAGCCCAAUAGCUAGAUUUGCGUAUUUAUUUCUGUGCAAAAAGCGCGAAUACAAAAGUUUAAACAUAUAGAAAUUGGGCUUGCUGCCAGUGUGGGAAAACGCACAGCAGUUCAACGUUUCAGAUGUAUGAACGUGUUGGUUUACGAAGUCGCAACCCGAUCAGCGCCUCGGUAAAGAGCGGUAUUAUAAAAAGAGGGAUCUCAAUGCCUUUCUGGGUAUCACCAGACUCAAGAAUACUUUAAAUCUUAAAUUACAGAUAUUGCUAUUAUGUAACGUUGAUGAACUUCCUUUCUCUACUCGAGUUGUAUUUUUAAAUUGCCUUUUAUUUUGAUUUACAAUUUCUUGUCAAUUGUUUCUUCAAUAGGUAAAUGGAUAUGAAGAUUACUAACAGUGUCUAUGGCUAUGCAUUCGAUAUUCUUUUCACGUUACGUUUGAGUAUUUCCAAAACUUGGAUACUGACUCUCGAUAAAAUAAAACAUAUCACUUCAUAAUUUCAAUAUUGCAUAUCCGUUCAUUCAAAUAAAGCGAACUUUUUUCACUGCCACUGUUCAUGUGAGGUAGAUAAAUAUCUAAAUGAUUCCUCAAUAUUAAUAUUCAAAUUCAAAGAUUCCGUUUCAUAAUUUUCCAAUAAUUUUGUCUUGAAUAAAAUUCAAUGGUCUCCUUCAUCAUUAGUAAGAGCUUUUAUUUGAAGUGAAUAUAUCGAUAUAACUAUUUUAGAAAUUUAAAAUUCCCGAAAUAUAAGUAUUAGCAUUUUACAUAAUCUUACCCAAGUUGACAAACUGAUAAGUUUAACAUGCAUGAAAACAUAUUAAAUUUAUUCACAUUGCUCAUCACAUUUAAAUAUGCAUUUUAUACUAAAAAUGUUCCAAUAAUGAAAUAACCAGUAUGUAUAGAUUCUUCGUAGAAAAUCGCACAUAUCAAUUGUAGGCAGAUUUAUUUUACCACCAUUACCAAUAUAUAUAGGUGGUAUAAUAAAUCAGCCUGCGAUUGACAUGUAAUUGACCAUUAGAUCAUAUUUGAAAUCGUGCAAUUUGUAUGAUAUAAGAUAGAAAACGAUAGUUUUGAAACAGAAAACGAAAUUAAAUUUUUUUUCUCUGGUUUCAUUUUUAUUAUUUUCAAAAUUUGUAGAAAUGUCGUAUUAGAGUUCAACGUAAACUCCUCAAUGUAGUCAACGUUUUCUAUUUGUGCUUUUCAAUGUUUUCAUGCUUUUUGUAUUCUUGAGUGUUUCUAAUUUAUUUAUAUUUUAGUUAACAGUUAAUGCUUUAUUAUAUGCUGCUCGUCAACUAUUUUCGUUCAAUAAUUUUUGUAUCGUUCUUCGUAACAUUAUUUUUACUGUUUUUAUAAG